AUGUGAAGAAGUCUGACUUUGUGCAUCUUUGUCUUCUCCAGGCCUGGCAGUACCUGGGAACCACUCAAGCAGAGAAUGAACAGGAGCUUUUGGCCAUCAGUGCCCUCAGACAGUGCUUGGAAUUGCAGCCUGGGAACCUCACGGCACUUAUGGCAUUAGCGGUCAGCUUCACCAACGAGUCCUUGCAGAAGCAAGCAUGUGAGACCCUGCGGGACUGGCUACGCCAUAAACCGGACUAUACCCACCUGCUGGAGAAGGAACCGGAGGAGACUGUCUCUGGGACAAACCUGGGAUCUUCCAAGCGUGUCUUAAGUUCCCUACUGUCUGACUCGCUGUUCGUGGAGGUGAAAGAGCUGUUCUUAGCAGCUGUGCGCAGCAACCCCUCGACCGUGGAUCCUGAUGUUCAGUGUGGCCUGGGCGUCCUUUUCAACCUUAGUGGCGAGUACGAGAAGGCUGUGGAUUGCUUCAGUGCCGCGCUCAGCGUGCGCCCCAACGACCAUCUUCUAUGGAACAAGCUUGGUGCCACCCUGGCCAAUGGGAAUCGGAGUGAGGAAGCUGUGGCCGCGUAUCGUCGGGCGCUGGAGCUCCAGCCGGGAUACAUCCGCUCUCGCUACAACUUGGGCAUCAGUUGCAUCAACCUCGGCGCCCACCGUGAGGCCGUGGAGCACUUCUUAGAGGCUUUGCACAUGCAGCAGAAGAGCCGAGGUCCGCGGGGGCAGCACGGCGCCAUGUCUGACAACAUCUGGAGCACCCUCCGUAUGGCCCUCUCCAUGCUGGGCCAGAGCGACCUGUAUGGGGCAGCCGAUGCCCGUGACCUUCCCACGCUGCUUCAGGCGUUUGGCCUCCCGCAGUGACUCUGGGAUGGGCUCCCCUGCGAGUGCAGGCUUGGCCCAGCCCAGCAGUGACCUUCCUUGGGAGACGAUGUUCACGAGGGUUCGCGUGUACCUUUGCUGUCGUAGGGCGGAUCAGUGACAGCUGUGUUUUCAAGGACCUCCCGCUGAAGCGUGCAGCUCCCCCUGACCUGUCUCUAGUGGCCUGAGCAUCUCUGAGCGGCUGACGUUACCGCCUCCAUGACUGACUGAC